GAUUUUCCAUAUCUUUUGUUCAAUACUUCAUCAUGAAUGCGCCGCAACCAGUUCCGAUCGAUAUCUCCCAUUGAACGAAUUUUCUAGAAUAAUUCCGAAUACAGCUCCUUGAGAGCAAGUCUCUCGACUCGUACUGCAGCACUCUCAAGAUUUCCACUGCAAAUAUUCGCGCAAGCUGUUAAGGUCUAUCAAUUUCUUUCUUUCUUUCUCAAACGAGUUUCGGAAUCAUGCCAAAGACUAGACGUCAAGAAGCUGCAAACACGAAGGAUGGCGUUUCCAAGUCCACACGAUCAGGAGUUGCGCUAGCAGAUGAUGCCUCAUCGGCACACCUUCUUAAUAACAUGCAUCGACCGCCAAAAAAGGGUAUGAAAGUCGCCAGAAAAUUCGCUCCAUCCGCUAGGCAGCCUCAACAACCCGAACAGGAAGCACCGGAGUCGUACGAGGAUGUUGAAGAUGCACUGAACAAGCAAUUGAAUGAAAAUAAUGGGGAUCCAUCCGGAUUAGAGCCCGAAGAUAUGACGAAGGAACUCGAAAUUGCUCAGCCAACAUCACCAGCUGAGAAAAAAAAGAGGGGCCGUCCUAGGAAAGAACAAAUAAUAAAGGAAAAAGAAAAUAGAGACGCGCGAGACGGAUCACAACUUCAAAGCGCUUCUCCGCAAAAGCGCAAACGAGAUGAAGCAAACGUUUAUGACUUCAUUAUCGGGGAAGAUGAGCAAGACAUUCGAUCCGCGCAUUCCAAACGAGCAAGUAAAGACUUACAGACGAAGAGUAUCCCGAAGCGGAAGCAGUAUAUUGUGAAGCCAAAAAAAGGCCAGGGUCAACCUAACAAGAACGCUGUUGAUGAGUCUGAAGAUUUUGAGGAAGACUUUCCUGACGUGGCAGAUAUUGGAAAUGGCGACUCCACAGUGAACCAAGAACCUGAACAGCCUGACGUAGGUGCUUCCUUCAACGAUAGACGUGGAAGCGUUCGGAAAACGAGAGACGAUGAUGGAGGGCGUGUAGACGAUGGAGAAAAUGAAAGCGACGAAGAUGACGGAAGCGAUGGAAUAACAGAAAUAGCCAUGCCCCUAACUCCAGCGGAAUCGCAACGUCAAAUUUCGCGAGAACAGCAUAAAAAAAACGCAAAUAUUGCGAGGACAAUCAGUAGCAACCAUGCAAAUAGUUUCCACAACAAUAGGGCUCAGUCUUCACGCGAGGUGAGAAGCAGAGAAGAGCAAAUUGGAGACUUGGGGAAAGAGCUUGGAGAACUUGAAGGGGAACCAGGAGAAGUGCCCGAUAACGUUGGAGAAGAAGCUAAUGUAGCAACCGCCGCCGAUGUUCCAGAACAGCGUGAAGCGGCUAAAGAACAACCUAAUGAGGAUACAGAAGAGGAUGAGGAUGACAGUUAUCAAGAAAUCUCUCAACAACUUGUCGCCUGGAAUGGAAUCAUCAACUUUAGUUUUUUUUUACAUAUUGAACAAAUUUCAAACCGCUUCGGUUGCAGAGCAACUAAUGGUACAUGGAUACCAGUAGUUCUGGAGAAGCGUGGCCUUGUGUCAACACCUGGAAAGAGUAUGGGAAGCCGCUUGGGAAAGCUUAAAGAGCUUUAUCAAUCUCUUAAAGGAGCAAUAAAUGCGGAGAACGAUGACGAUCAAAUCAGAGCCAAUUCAGAGAUCGAGCAAGUCAUUGAUAUUUUAGACAAAAGGGUAGACGACAAUUUACAGGCCUUGGAAGAAAAUGCCCCCGACCGUGUUAAAAGAAAGAGACGUAGAUAUUUGGAGGAUAUAUACAUUGUUCUCAUUCGGGAAUUUUUAAGAGUCUUGAAGGCCGCCAUUCUUACAUAUGGAAACCUUACCCUGUUGUCAAUCGAAGCUUUAUCAAAUGUGAUUCGGAUCACUAAUGUGAUCCUUAAACUUUUCAAAAAUCUCGAAGACCAGGAGAACCUCGAGAGCUGCGGCCAGACGAAGCAACCAAUGAGGGAAGUUCGCAAGCAUUUGCGAGAUGAAUUGUUACAAAAAUGUCGAAUAAAGUGUGCUGAGCUUUGUAUAGAGGAGGAAAGGAACAAACAUUUUGCAUUGAUCCAAGAAAGCAGACGUGUGCAGGAAGAAGAAGACGCCAGGCUGGAAACUGAGAGAAUGGAGCAAGAGCGAAUGAUAAGAGAAUUCAACUCAACCCAGCAGAAAACUAUCAUGGCCAGCCCAAAGAAAGCUAGUCUGAUCGAACUUGAGAUGGAGAGAAUUGCAUACCGAAAACUCCCACAAGCUGAAAGGGUCAGACUAGAGUUGGAAGCGGAAAAUAAGAAGAGAUUGAGAAGGCCUAUGCAACAAAUUCCACAACUAGAACGAGAACGCUCCGCUGCCUCGUCACAAAGAAGUCAAAGCAAUGACAGUGACGGGAAUGACCCAUUCUCAGACAAUUACGAUCCUCCCCGAGGUGCCAAAAGAAACCCUAUCUUUUCCCAAUCUCGAAGAGAAGCCAAAUUCGGCGAUAUCCCAGAUGAUGAAAAACAAAGAUUCUACAACCAUUUCAAAGAAAGGUAUAGAUACGAGGAAGAGCAAGGCUUAAAGGAUGAGGAGUUUUGGGGUCGUUUGCAGAAAGAUUUACAUGGUGGUAGGUAUACCCUAGAUGAAAUCUGGGGGUUUGCAAAGGAAUUGCAGGCAAGUCUAGAUUUUGCACAUGAUGAAGGGGAGUUUCAUGGGGAGGAACAUUUCUGGACAUUUUAUGUUUGGGAUUGGGACAUGGAAUCAUAGAAAAUGUUUGGGAGUAAGGAAAGGAAGGGAAAGGAAGCUAACGAUGUUGUAAUGUUAAACGGAUCUUUGAAUUCGUUUGUGUGGGAUUUGAUUCGUUAUGAUAUGAUACGAUAUGAUAUGACAUGAAUGGAUGGGUUGGGAAAGAAUGGAAUGGGAUUGUCGGGAGUCUGGAUCUCAUGUGGUUUGAUACCCAAUAUUGCAGAUUUCUUUAUGUUAAUACCUAAGUAUGGUAUGAUACUCCGAGGAUAUCCGGCUUACUUUGCUUUGCUUUGAUACAGUCUCGUAUCCAACUGAUAUCGUAGGGCUCAACUUAGCUUCGCUGAGCCGAGCUAGCUAGCUGGCUGUUAGAUCUUUCUGCUAGGUAUGACAAAAUAUCAUAUUCAAUUCGCGUACGCACGGUUUAUGUACGCAUGUGCCCA